AUGGCCUCUACCCCUUCUCUCGCAAUACACGCCCAGGCACCUCUUAACGAUCGAUAUCAGAGAGAAUGUUACCAAGCCAGUCACGACAAUUACUCACCAAGAUACCACCUUCCAGACGAGAUCAUCUUACAUGUGUUGAGCUACUUGAUCCCCAAACACGGAGUGGUGAUAUCCACCGACUCGGACGGCGGCAUCUGUCCCAUGACCAUCAAAUCUCUCCUACAAACCUCCCGCACUAUCAGGAGCCUGAUCCUAUUCUUCACAAAGCGCUUCCCUCUGCGCAUCGACAUCAAAAGCGGGAAGCACUGCCAGUGCCACGCCUUGAAGACACCCGACGAUAUUCUCAACUCCCCCCUGGGGAAAGUACUUCAGUUGCCUCUCACCAUGUGGAACGAGAUCGUGGUGACAUUUGCCCCCAGUCUGCACGAGUCCCUCGACGAGGCGUGCACGAUGGUCCACAAGUCUCUGACGAAACUCGACGUGGCCUACACGACCUUUACCGCCCGUGCUAGAUCCCGGGCUUCGAUCACUUGCGUUCGCCGGCAGUCCUUUGCACUCGCCAGGGCGAUAUACAGUUUUGGAUGUGUGCCGGGGAUCGAGAACAUCCGCUGGAGCUAUGUGUUUGACGACACCCCGGUAUGUGAGCAUCACGACGAUCAACAACGGUCUCAGCGAACGCUCUGGAACCUCACGUUGAUUAAGACUUUUUUGUGUCCGUGGCGGUGGCAGCCGCGUCAACACGGAGACCAUGCCCAAGUCAAGUUCCCAAAGCGCUUCACAGUCGGACCCGACAUGGCAGAAAGCUUCUUUUCUGCCUCACCCUCGCUUUCGGGCAUAUGA